AUGGCUAGCUUCACUGAGAAGGAAGAGGCUCUAGUCAAAAGCUCUUGGGAAGAUUUGACAAAAAACUUUUCCCACCACAGUAUUCGUUUCUACGCCCUGUUGUUGGAGAUUUUACCCGCGGCAAAAGACAUGUUUCCUUUCCUGAAGGACGCAAAUGAAGUUCCCAAAAAUAACCCGCAGCUAGAGGCCCAGGCCAUGAAGGUUUUUAAGCUGACUCUUGAAUCAGCCAUUCAACUACGAGAGAAAGGAGAUAUUGUGAUAGAAGAUGCUACAUUGAAGCAGAUGAGUUCUGUGCAUGUUCAAAAGGGAGUUAUUGAUUCUCAUUUCGAGGCGCUGAGGGAGGCAAUGCUAAAAACAAUAAAAGAAGGAGUGGGAGCGAAGUGGAACGAGGAGCUGGGCAAUGCAUGGGCCAAAGCAUAUGAUGUGCUGUCAGCUAAAAUCAAGAAGGGAAUGAAAAAUGCUUAG